AAGAGAAAUUUUAAAAAAAUCUUUUAACGAAGAAUCUAUAAAAGAAUUUAUAUAAAGUGGAAUGAAUAAAUUUAAAGAAUUAGUUGAUGAAGAAGUAAACGAAUCGAUUUUACAGUAAAAAUUAAAAAAAAGUUAACAUAUAUAUAAUAAUAAAUAAAGAUACUCUAUCGAAUGGUUUAAAAGUUAUUUAGAUAAUGAUGUAGGUUUAGAUGAUUAUAAAAAUGAAAUUUAAUAACUAAAUAAUGUAAUUUAAUUUAGUUUUUUUAAUUUAAAUCUAAAUUUAUUAAAGGAUUAAUAUACUAAAAAAAUGGUUGAAUUAGUUGAAAAUGCUUUUAAUGGUUUAAAAACCAAAUCCACCUUAAAUCCCGGAAAUCCCGGAAAUGUUGAAAAUGGGCCCGGUAUAAUAAUCUAUUCACUCUAAAAUAUAACGAAAAAACGUUAAUACCAAGCCUCCAGUAGUACCGAAUGUAGCUGA